ACACAUCUCAAAGCAUUUUAUUCCUCAAAACAUUUCUCCAACUUCAAUCUGUAAUAUUGCUGACAGUUAGUCUCCCAUGCGUAACUGUCAACAUGGUUAACUCGGUUUGGAUUUAAAAAUAGUUUGUUGUAAAGCUGUUUGUUUCAUCUGUUGGACACCUGACACCCCAGGAUCUCACAGAGGCACACAUGCUAGUCGCACACUCAUUCUGGCCUGUAUGGUGGACCGCUCGCUCUGGGACAACUUCUCUAUUUCUGUCCCUGAUCCCUGGUCCCAAGUCCCUGCAUCGGUCAAAUGCUCAAACAGUGGAUUCAGGACUAUACUGAGGUUUUUCCAUUAUUGCAUUAUUGCUCGGACCGGUCAAGACUCAAAGAAGACGGAUUGUACUGUUGGGGUUUGGUUUACAUGGAUUUCUCAGUUGGAAUAACCCAAAUGCACCCCUACUGUAAGGACUGAGGAGAGGGCCACAAUGCCGGAAGCUUGAUCCCAGGACUGACCUCCCUCAGACACGUGGGUCUGAAUGACCAGGUCUGAGGCCAGAGCUCUGUGCUCCAGAGAAGCUGCGUCAUGGCGACAGUGGAGAAGCGACGCUCCAGUCGGAAGAGUGGCCAUCGCAAACACAACGAUGGUGGGUACAGUGACACAGAAACAGACCGUGAGGUGAGCAGUCUGACAGACAGGGCCUUUAGGAGCCUGUGCAUUGGAGAUGAGGCCGUGUACAACGACGCCGACCUGAGCGCUUCACCCUGUACACAGAAGGACACAGGCAGACAGGAGCUGAAGAGGACUGCACACGAGAGCUUUAGCCUGCGAGUGCAACAGUAUGGACAGGACUGGAUAUACAGAGGAACGUAUGGAGCAGAGAUUCACAAGGGCCAGCAGUGGGGGGUCUAUGGGGAGAAGGGGGCACCGGAGCCCCCUCAGCAGGCGUACCCCCCAAGAGAACUGUCCCUGUUCAGCAACGGAAUGACAGAGGUGAACUCGCAGCAGCGCCGCAGCCACUCACGAGUCUCCUCUUUAAUCAGGGCCUUUAACUCAGAGGGACAGGGGGACGAGGCUGUGUAUAAUGACGAGACAAGCUGGGAUAAGUCUGCACUGAUGAGUAUCGAGGGGGAGCUGUCCGAGUUCUCAUCUUAUCCUCAAAAUAUGAACGCAGGAUAUUUCCCCUCCGCUGGAAUAUUCUCCUCCCAAAACACAGACUAUUACUCCUCACAGGUGGCAGCCAUUUCCCAGAUGAACUCUGCCUCCUCUUUUAUGAGAUCUUCCCACAGUCUGUCCACACAGGUCAACUCUAACUUCUUCAUUCACAGCGAGUUUAGUCCGUUCAGAGUUUGGAGGGACCAAAACAGGUUUCCCUUCCACGGAGGCCAGGUCUCCGGCUUUAUGCCCUGUUCGGAGUUUCAGAAAUGGUACGAGACGCCUAUGUACAAAGAACUCUCAUUACAGCCACAACAGCAUCCCUCUAUGUUUUCUCAAGGGUGUCACAGGAACACAUUUGCCCCCGCUAUUCCCAUGAAUUCUCAACGUUCAACCUCUGCUUCUACAAUGAUGCACAGAGCUUCCGCAGUGGAGAAACGGUGUGAGUCGGAGCUCACAGGACAAUACAGGAAGCGCACUCAGAGCGUGGGAGCUAACCGGCUACCACCGCAACGGCCCUCCACUGCCUCCCCCUCCAGUGAGAUGUCCAGGCGGGUGCGAGACACAAUCAGCUCUGUGAAAUCCCUCCAACAAAAAAUCAAGAUGAUGGCAGAACACAAUAUAGAGACUCAGAGUCAAGAUGGGUUUUAUAACAAUGAUUAUUUAAAUACAUAUGAUCCAAUGGUGCCUAAUAUUAUGAGUUCUAAUCCUUAUGUAGCUCCAUAUCAGUUACAAAAAUCAUCAGCUUAUGUGCCUCCCGUACCACAACAAUUAUUGCAGCAGCGUUCAGCUUCACCACAACCAGUAGAGCACGCACCUGUCAGGGCAGAAAGUAGAGGGGCAACUCCAGACGUCAAAAUGUCCAGCUACAAGUCAAGAGCUGCCAGCCUCCUUUACAAUCUAAAAGAUAACAGGAAGAGGGUCAAGGCGACUUACAGUCCUAACGCAUUUAAAGGCCAAGAUGCACAGGAGAAAUACAAGCAGGAACCAAAAGACUUUAUUAUAGACGUUCCUGAAUUUUCUACUAAUGAACUUUUGAAUUUGACAGAUGAUAACAGAGGUAACAGAUUAAAUGUUCCACAGUAUGGAUACCAGGCACAUAGUCCAGGAAUGCACACACAGAACUCUCAACCUGGUUAUGAAAUUCCCGUAGACAUGGGUAAGUUAAAUGUUCCGCAAUAUGGAUACCCAGCCUAUAAUUCAGGAAUGCCCCAGAAUUCUCAACCAGACUUUGUAAAUCCUGGAGAAAACAAUACCAACAAGUUGAAUGUUCCACAAUACGGAUACCAGGUCCGCAGUCCAGGAAUGCAUCAGAAUUCCCAACACAUGCAAAAUUCUCAAUACAAAUUUGUAAAUCCUAUGGAAGACAGAGGAAACAGGUUAGAUGUGGGUCAAUAUGGAUACCAGGCUCAUAGUCCGGGGAUGCAGCAGAAUAUCCAGUUCUCACAAUUUCCUCAAAAUACACAUAAUUCCCAACAGCUCUAUUCAGGACAAAACUCCGGUGAAUACUAUAGAGCGCAGAUGCAAGGUGAAGUGGCACCUCAUCCCGGGUUCACUGGAUAUACACAGGAGUAUUACGCAAACACUCAGCUGCCUAAUGGACAAAAUCCUUAUGAAAAUAUAUCAUCUUUUGCUCCAUAUAAGCAAAGUCUGAGUGAUAAAGGAGGAGGGAGUUAUGUAAACCAGCUUGAACAGAACCCAGAAGUGCAGAGGUUUGGUGCAGUCGUCCAGAGCAGAGACUAUGUAAGUAAAGAUAAUAACACGCAGCAAUUUAAUGAAGCAGCAAGUGGGGAAUAUACAGGGCUGGACAGAUAUAAUCAACUAAAAGAGAACAAAUAUGAUUAUAAUAAUGUUUAUUCCCAAGACACGUGGGGGCAGACCAAUAGCCUGCAAAUACAGAAGCCAGGAAUUCCCUCAACACAAAAUUAUCAAAAUAUAAAUGCUUAUUCAAGAACAAAUGCACAGGAAAAUGUCCAAAACUACAAUUAUGAACAAAUGGUAAUGGAAAAUUAUGGCACAAGACCACAUGGGACGGCAAAUGUUUCAAAUCAGAUGGUACAGCAAGCCCCACCUCAUGUGGCAAAUACAGGUAAUGCUGGAUAUAAUACACAACAGCAGCCUGGAACAUAUAGAGAUAUUUAUGCUCCUCCAUCGGCCCAUGAGUUCAAUAAGGAAAUCAAAAUGAAAGAAAAUGAUGCUCCUCGAGACAAUCAUAAAUAUUAUGAUCAGGACUCUAAAAAGCAAAGCAUUGUUUCUAGUCAAGCAGGAAUGCCUAUAUCCACAGAGGAAUUAGGUCAAAGAAAUGACGAGGCCAUAAAAGAGAAUAAGAUGAAAGGCCUGCAGUUGAAAGAGAUUAGACACAUUGAAAAUAGCAAACAGGAGAAGAAAACAGAACAAGAACAAGUAGAGGAUAUUUCAAAAAGAAACAAGGCCACAAAUGAACAGGUCUUUUUGCAACAGAAUAAGUUGAAUGUGCAUAAAGCUGAGAUAAACGAAAUAAAAGGCAGGUCAGAGUUGAAUUCACAGCAACACAAAGAACAUCUGGAAAAAGAAGUAUUUACAAAGUACAGAAGUGCACGAGAUGCAGACCUCCCCACAGCUGAAGAAAUGAUAAAACAGUUACGAGGAGAAAACUCAAAUUCAGACCACACUAAAAUACUGGAGGCGAUAGACAGACAGGAAUGCAUGAUAGAGAGUGAGCCCCAGAGACCCGAGCCAGAGAAGCUGCAGCACAUAGUGCAACAUGCUAACACCGAGGGGCUAAAAGAGGAGCCCAUAAAAUGUGAACUGGCAGCGAGUAGCGAGGAGGCCAGAAUAGAGCAAGUUAAACCUGAGCCCAGUCGUAAGGAGAGGGUCACAACUGAACAGGCCACAGAGACGCAAGUAGGGGCAGAGCAUGUUGAUAGAGUGAUAGAGGAAGACAGGAAUGAAGCCAAACAAGCUGUAACAGAGCUGAUAAUGGAGAGCCAGGCUAAUACAAAGCCAGAAGAAAAUAAAGACACAGAAAUUAUUGAUGUUAAAGAUAAAACACCCGAAACUGAGGUAGAAAAAUCACAAGAAGAAUUAGAAGUUAAAUUUACUGAGGACAUUAAAGUUACUGAUAAUCUCGUAUGUGAGGAACAUGCAAAAACGCAACAAAUACCCAAAGAGGACGCAAUAAAUGUAAAUGAUGUAGAAAGUGUAUCUAAAUCUGAACCUCAACAGCCAGCAACACAUGAACCAGAUAAAGUAGAGCAGGCCAAGACUGAAUUAGCUAAAACCAAAGCGGAGUUGGCCAAAAUAAAGGAACAGAUGAAGGGAGAGCAGAAAGUUGAGAAAGAUGAAGAUGAACAUACUGAGCAAGAAAAUGACACUGCUCAUACAUUGUUCAAAGAGCCACCAGUCACAAGUGUAGACCUCACUGACAGAGGAGCAGAUGACUUUGAACACAUAAGAGAAAAAUAUGGUUAUAGCCAAGCCACCGACAGAAACAAAACUUCCACCGAAGACAAUGUCAAUGAACAGUCAACAAUACCUGGCAAAGACAAACCAAUAGAACACAGGGUGGACACAAACCAGGAUAAAAAGACAAACAGUGAAGUAAUAUCUGAUGCAAAAGAUCACAAUGAAAAAAUUAAGAAUUUGUAUGAUGACACCACAGGAAGUCAAUAUGUUUAUAGUGAAUCAUCUAAAGAUUUUAAAUUAUCUAUUGCCAGUAAUGAGCCAGCUCAUGGAGAGAACACUAGUGAAUAUGUUUUAAACAAAGAAGAUGCUCCAAUUGAUAAAGUGGUAAAAUCAGAUGCACCUCAACCGAGAGAGGAUGCAAAACAACUUAUUGACAGCAAAUGCAAAAUGUCACAAAGUGAUUUGCCUGAUCCUGCAGCUAAAGAGGUCAUUCUUAAAAAUGAUGCAUGCAAGCUGAAUGACCCUGUUCCUGUUCCUGUUGAGAAAGUAGAGAAAUAUGACAUUUCUCAACAAAAAGAUACAAAACAGGUCCCUAUAGAAAGAAAGACAAAGUCAACUGAUCACAAAACAGGUUCAAGUAAAGAAACAUCAACCAAAGGCCUGACCCAUAAAGAAAAGGCUCAAACAAAACAAGAGAUUCUGACAUCAAAGAUCAAGGCUCAUGCUGAAAAAGAAAUAUCUGCAAUCAAAGAAGGUUUCGCCAAUAAAGAUGGACUUAAAAAUCCCACAAAGUCUUUGGGAAUAGGCCAGAAUGCGAGCAUACGACAGAAGCCACCAUCACAGGAAGUCUGCAAAAAACAAGAACGGUCAGUGGAUGGCGACACAAGACAAGCAGACGCUGGUCAGCCAGGAGAGAUUCCACAGAAACAUAUGCAAAACAAUGAGAAUAUAAAAGAAAGAGUGGAGACAGUAACAAAUACAGAGUUACGUACAAGUACAAUGUCAUUUAAAAUGACAGAGAAUCACACAGUGCAAAAGGAUAAAAAAUGUGGUUCUCCCACAGGUGACAAGAAAAUUAAGCCACAAAAUGAGGACAAAUCAAUAAAACAAGAUCAUCUGCGUAAAGGAGAUAGAGUUGAUCUUGAAAACACAGCACCCUCUCUUCAACUCCAAAAUGAAAUCUCUGUGCAAGACAACUCUUUAUCAAUCAUGGGAAUAAUGGUGACAGUGAGAGAAAGAAAUCCUUCAGAGCAAAACAAAGACCAAGAAGUUAAACAUGGCCCAGAAACAAACAUCACAAGACUUUCUGAAAAAGUCAGAGUAAAUGAUCAGGAUUAUACUGAAACAAAGCAUUUUGAAAAAAUGCCAGAAACUCACUCAACGACACACACAAAUUUUACUGACAGCACUACUAAGAAAACUCCCCAACAGGAAAGCUCUUUUCCAAAUGAGAGACCCCAAAGCGAAACACUACUCCCUGACCACCUGGCUGAAAAAGUUGUGCCCCCAACGGUUACAGUACCAGCUAAAAAUAAAGUGCUGGCUGAAACGCAAGCCCUUGCCAACAAACAGGGCAUAAUGGCAGAAGAAACUAAAGUCUGUGCAAACAAACCUCCUAAUGCAGCCCUGGAGACCACUGGCAUCAAAGGUCAAAAAGAGAUUACUGGCAUAAGAACAAUACCUGAAGAGCUGCCCACAACAGAAAUGAAAAGAGUCAUAUCUGUAUCUACAACAAGCAAUGAUAAUACACAAGAAGAUAUCCUGCAUAUUGACAGCAUCGCUAUUCGAGUUGUGCCAGCAGUAACUGAAGAGGUGAACAAAGCUCCACAAAGAACUGCUUCAAAUAGCUCUUUUACUGAGAAAGAAACUCAAAGCAACAUCCAGAGAAGUGUUCCUUCAAAUGAUGAUGUGCAAAAAGUGUUAUCCAGUGUUAAAAAGCAAGCCCAAUUACUGAAAAACUCUAACCAGUCAAAUCUAAGUAAUACAACCAGAGAACGUAGUGAAAAUGAAAAGACUACAAAUGAGGUUGAAACCCAUAAGCCUCCAAUGGAAGAGGGUUACUUCCAGGUUGACAAAAGAGAUACUGGACCACAGAAUAACAGCACAAGCAUGGGACAAAGUUCAGAAGCUGUCGCACAGGAAUCGGAACAACCAAGAUCUCUGCCAAACCAACCUAGUUCAGCAAUCAGGCAAGAUCUGAAUAUUAAAACUUCAAAACAAAUAGACAAUAGUCCAAAUGAUAAAAGUAAUAAAGAAAUAGAGAAACCAGGAGUUGGCCAUUUGCAUCACACUAGAAAACAUCCCAUGGCAAAGGGCAGACAAAGAGGUUUUGUAACACUCCCAGAUAAUAAUGAUAGCAAGGCUGAAGCCAAACCAAAACCAAAAGUCCCAAUACCUGAGAUAUCAGCCCUUGCGGACUAUGCUAGACUUAAAGUGAUUGUUUCUAAAGAUGAUGAAGACACUCUCCAGGAACAGCCCCCAAAUAAAAAGGAAGGCUUUUUUCCGCUUAUUCAGAGCCGCCAUAGCAGACGUCCAGUGUUUACGAUGGACUCACAAGAGGAUCCUGUGAAAGAGAAAAGUUUACAAAAUCAGUCAAGUACUCAAGUUAAAGUGAGCAAAGAACCUACUCCUGUUGUGUUUCCCAUCACAGAUAAACAACACCAAAGGACUGGAAUGUUUAAACUGGAAGCCAAAGAAAAUGCGGACGUACAAAAGAUACAAGAAAGUAAACCAAGUUCAAUGGACCAAACACCAAAAGGCAAAACAAAUAACAAGGAGAAAAAUGCAGAGGAUAAAAUUAAGGAUAUGCUGGAGAAGAGCAGAGCGAAACAAGCUGAAGAAGAGAAGAGAGCUGCUCAGAGAGAAGAAGAGCAGCGAGCCCUCGAGAGAGAGGCCAUCGUGACACAGAUCCGGGAAAGACGCAAGAAACAACGAGAGGCAGAGAGACACAUGGAGGAAACGGCUUCAAAUACAGAAAGGAAAAUGGAUGCUCAGAAUGUUCUUGACCACCAUAAAGAAUCUAACACUGAAGAACAACUAAGAAAUGCAGAGGAACAGAAGAAGAAAGACAUUGUGGAGGAACAUCAGAAAAGGGCUGCUCUAGAGGAACAACACAAAAAGGUGGCUCAAAUUGAAGAACAAAGAAGACAAGCUGCUAAAGAGGAGCAGCUGAGAAAGGAUGCCCUUGAAGAACAGACCAGAAGAGCCAAUGAAGAGCAGCAAAGAAAAGCAGAGGAACAGAAAAAGGCCAUUUUAGAGGAAAAACUGAGAAAGGCUGCUCAGAUGGAAGAGGAAAAAAGAAGAAUGUUGCUAGAAGAACAGCAAAGACAAGCAGCAAUAAUCGAGGAACAGAAGAAAAAAGCCGCUAUUGAAGAACAACAGAGAAGGCUCGCACAGGAACAGCGGCAAAGAAAAGCUGCUCUGGAAGAAGAGCAACGAAGAGCAGCUCAAAAGGAACAGCAGAGGAAGAUGGCGGAGGAAGAGCAGCAAAGACAAGCAGCAAUAAUUGAGGAACAGAAGAAAAAAGCAGCUAUUGAAGAACAACAGAGAAGGCUCGUACAGGAAGAGCUGCAAAGAAAAGCUCAGGAGGAACAGCGCAGAAAAAUGGCAGAGGAAGAACAGCAAAGGAAAGCUGCUAUCAUUGAGGAACAGAAGAAAAGAGCUGCAAUUGAAGAACAACAAAGAAAGAUGGCACAAGCUGCUCAGGAAGAAAAGAAGCAAAAGGCUGCUCUUGAAGAACAGCAAAGAAGAGCUGCUCUGGAAGAACAGACACAAAAAGCUGCUCUAGAGGAACAGCAAAGAAGAGCAGCUGAAACUGAACAGCUCAGAAAGAUAGCAGAGGAAGAACAGCAAAGGAAAGCUGCAAUAAUCGAGGAACAGAAGAAAAGAGCUGCUAUUGAAGAACAACAGAGAAAGCUUGCAUACGAAGAGCAACAGAAACAAGCUGCCCUGGAAGAACAGAAGCAAAAAGCUGCUCUAGAAGAACAGCAAAGAAGAGCUGCUCAAAAGGAACUGCAGAGAAAGAUGGCAGAGGAAGAACAGCAAAGGAAAGCUGCCAUCAUUGAGGAACAGAAGAAAAGAGCUGCUAUUGAAGAACAACAAAGAAAGCUUGCAUACGAAGAGCAACAAAAACAAGCUGCCCUGGAGGAACAGAAGCAAAAAGCUGCUAUAGAAGAACAGCAAAGAAGAGCUGCUCAAAAGGAACAGCAGAGGAAGAUGGCAGAGGAGGAACAGCAAAGGAAAGCUGCCAUAAUUGAGGAACAGAAGAAAAGAGCUGCUAUUCAAGAACAACAGAGAAAGCUUGCAUACGAAGAGCAACAAAAACAAGCUGCUCUAGAAGAACAGAAGCAAAAAGCUGCUCUAGAGGAACAGCAAAGAAGAGCUGCUCAAAAGGAACUGCAGAGGAAGAUGGCAGAGGAAGAACAGCAAAGGAAAGCUGCCGUCAUUGAGGAACAGAAGAAAAGAGCUGCAAUUGAAGAACAACAGAGAAAGCUUGCAUACGAAGAGCAACAAAAACAAGCUGCUCUAGAAGAACAGAAGCAAAAAGCUGCUCUAGAGGAACAGCAAAGAAGAGCUGCUCAAAAGGAACUGCAGAGGAAGAUGGCAGAGGAAGAACAGCAAAGGAAAGCUGCCGUCAUUGAGGAACAGAAGAAAAGAGCUGCAAUUGAAGAACAACAGAGAAAGCUUGCAUACGAAGAGCAACAAAAACAAGCUGCUCUGGAAGAACAGAAGCAAAAAGCUGCACUAGAGGAACAGCAAAGAAGAGCUGCUCAAAAGGAACUGCAGAGGAAGAUGGCGGAGGAAGAACAGCAAAGGAAAGCUGCCGUCCUUGAGGAACAGAAGAAAAGAGCUGCUAUUGAAGAACAACAAAGACAAGCUGCGUUGAAAGAAGAGCAGAGAAGAGCUGCUCUAGAGGAACAACUGAGAAAAAAUAAGAUGGCUGAGGAGGAGCAGCGAAGAAAAGAAGCUCUAGAAGAACAGCGAAAAAUAGCUCAAAUUGAAGAAAUGAGAAGGCAAGCAGCUCACGAGGAGGAGCUGAGAAAGGCUGCUGAGAUUGAGGAGCGUAAGAGAAUUGCAGCUCUGCAGGAGGAGCAACAAAGAAAAGCUAAAUUAGAGGAUCAGAAGCGAAAAGCAGCAAUGGAAGAAAAGAGAAAAAUCGCUCAAAUUGAAGAAAAGAGAAGACAAGAAGCCCACGAGGAACAGCUGAGAAAGGCUGCUGAGACUGAAGAGCUAAAGAGAAGGGCGGCUUUAGAGGAACAAAAGCGAAAAGCUGUAAUAGAAGAACAGAGAAAACUAGCUCAGAUUGAAGAAAUGAGAAGACAAGCAGCUCAUGAAGAACAGCUCAGAAAGAUAGCUGAGGAGGAGCAGCAGCGGAAAAAAGCAGCUAUAAUAGAGGAAGAAAGGAGAGCAGCUCUUGAAGAACAGCAACGAAUAGAAGCUCACAAGGAGCAGCUGAGAAAAGCUGCAAAGAUUGAGGAGCAAAAGAAAAAGGCUGAAUUAGAGGAUCAGAGGCAAAAAGCUGCUAUAGAAGAACGGAGGAGGAAAGAACAAAGGCGAACUCGACAAGAGGAGGAAGAGAAGCAGCUGGCCUAUAUUAGGGAGGAACGAAUCAGAAGACAGAUUGAGGAGGAGAGGGAAGUUGAACUUGAAGAGGAAAUGACAAGGCGACAGCAAAGCUCUGAGCAAAAUCGAACACACGCAGGGAAAGAUACAAGACACUUCAGAAGCCAGGACCUACCCCAGAAUCAGACAGAAAUCAGAGCAAGACCAGCAGUAAAUCAGGAGGAAACAGCUGAAAUGGAGGAGCAGAAAAAUGCAUCUGAUAAAGAAGCUCUCCAAUAUUACUCCUUGACCUCGGCAGAAGCAGAGAAACCCUCACCUCCCCAAAAGAGAAGCAACGCAAAUGGACCUGACACAGUUGAUGAUAUCAGCAGGCCACACGCUUCUGCAUCUCCAGCCACCUCUCAAUCCCGCUCCACCACAGCCUCCCCAGCAUUUGGAACCAAACCCUCCAUGUUCAAAGUUAAAGACAACACACUCCGAGGAUCUUCUCUCACCAAGUCCAUCAAACCACGUUUCCAUAAAAGUUUUGGGGAAGAAUUCAGGGUUGGUUCGCCAAUGGAAAGAGUAUGCGAGAAAAAUGAAGGUGAUCAAGACACACUAAGGUGCAGAACUCCUUCUACCCCUCUCCCACAGUACAGGCCAUUUUCAAGAAGAAGCCUUGCGCUAGAUGAAGAAGACUCACGCUCCAUCAUCAGCAAUAUGUCUGAGGACGUGGAGAGUUUUGCCACCAAUGCAACUGACCUUGCAGAUAUAAGGGCAUUGUACGACUCAGAUAGACCUGAGUCAGCAUGCAGUUUUAGCAGUGAUGUAUCGCGCUCAUUUGGAAAACCUCCUGCAGUUCCUCCUAAGAGUGAAAAGGCUUUGCGGCGAGCUAAAAGACUGGCUACGCGGAGAUCAAAAAAGGAAUUGGCCAAAGAUGUGACAGAGGACUCAUAUGAGGCUUCCAUGUCAGAAGUUGCCAACUCUGAUGUUGUGGCCUCUCCUCAUUUUACAGCUCCAAUUUCCAUAGCGCGCGCUCCACCUGCUGGAUCAAGUGUGUCAUUGUCACACUCAGAACCCUCUCACCAGCGUUCUGUGCAUACCGCUCCACAUGCUACCGGGCCUAUCUCACUUCCCAAUUCAUCCCCACAUACUUCUACUCCAGUGUCUUCAUCACAAAAUUCUGGCUCCUUUUCCACCUCUGCUGCCCCAAGGUCGAUUCCUCAAGUGCCCUCUUCUCCCACUCACCAUCAUACUCCCAAACCAGUCACACAAUACCAAGUUGAAUCUGGCUUUUCACAACCCUACACACAGAGAAGAGUGAUGCAAGAUAUAGGCUCUGGUCAGUAUUAUGUCGUAGACGUGCCGGUUGAGGUAAAAACAAAAACUUUCUUUGACCCAGAAACAGGGAAAUAUGUUCAGUUGAACGUACGUGAGUCUAAUAGAAAUGCCACCCAAAGACAACCCCUACAAGGCUACCCACAAUCUCACAUGAAACCUAAAUUACAUGCCAAGCUACAACCGAAUACUUCAAGCAAUGCACAAUAUCAAGGUUAUUCUGGCAACUCCAAAGGCUACCAGUCCGCUGCCACCUCCUCUGGCCAGUCGAUGACACCAGCAACUGUCAUUCAGGACCAACAACCAAUCAGAUCAAGCAUGGCCCACCGACACGGAGGCCCUGAAACUAGCUAUAGCCCAGAUAAGACCCCUUAUAUGGAUACAGUUAAUAAAGUGGACAAAACACACCAUGCAGUUUACAACACACAGGGAUCUCAAGGGGCAAUCAAAGAAGGUGACAGCCAAUUAGUAAACUCAAGAUAUGGAUCACGUGAUAUUAUUAGUAUGAGUGAACUGGAAGAUUUUAUGGAGGUGUCUGACUGGUGAGAGGAGACUUUACUAUAAGUUGUGUCCAUGUGAUUAUUUUUAAAGGGACAAUAUUUUUAAAUUGAGCUGGAAGGAAGAAUUUGCUGUUAAGACGUGCAAAUGCAGGUGCUGAUAUUACUGGACCUAUCACCAUCUAAAACAAAACUCCACAUGUGGAUUUUCCGUAUCCUUCAGAAACUGUACGCUGCCCGAAUAAUCCAUCAGAUAUUAUGAGAUUUUACAUUGUGAACCGAACCUGUGAAAUGGUUUAGAUAAAAAUUGAAUUGGUGUGUUGUAUUUAAUGCUGCUGCUUUUGAGUUGAUUAAGCCGUUUAUUGUUAUUGAAAAAAAUAUCAUUCCAUUUGACUUAUGAAUGUUGAGAAGCUACGCUAACACUUUAUUGUAUUCUGUUGCAGGUUGUAUGUGAGUGCAAUGCCCAUAUUGAAAGCUAUACUGAUACACAAAUGUACUUAUUUUUGAUCUGCAUGGCAUUUUAAAGAGUGUCCAACAAAAAAGAAGUUUGGAGAUGGUAUGAAGCACUGUUUGGAUAUAAGACAAGAAUGAUGUGAUUUUUUUUUUUUUUCGAACUAUUUAUUUCUUAGUUAAUUUCGGGGUUUCAAGUCUGUGUUGCUGUGUAAAAUGUAAUUUAAAAAAAACACACUAUGAUCACUUAAGCUCAGUGUAAAAAAUAUGCUUUGGAAAUUAUUAAUAAAAACAAGUAGG